GUAUUAAUAUUGAAAAAUGUUAUAUUGAUUAUCCAAAUAUUAUUUACACAACAUAAAUCAAUAUUGUAUAAAAGACGUUGUUCUGUUUGGCGUUUUUUCAUUAGCGCGGGAAAAAAAAUUCGGUCGGUUACCGGGGACAAGACAAAGGCAUUGUGCGGAUUCAUCCUAGUGAAAUAACUGGACUUAUACUUUUGCUAAAAUUUAAAGCAAGAUGCCGUCAGAAGUGAUAUCGGGCAAGUCGCUGCAGCGCGAGCUGGCCGAUUCCAUCAUCCGCAUGGUGCCGCUGGACGAGAUACGGAUACUGCUCGCUUGUGGAGCGAAGGUGAACGAGCCGGUGACGCAGGGUUUGCGGCCGCUGCACUACGCCAUCUGGCAGCGGCACCUGGAGGCGACUCGACUGCUGCUAGUGCGUGGCGGCGACGUCAAUGCACGCGAUGACUGUGGCUACAGCGCCUUGCACCUGGCCGCCGAGCACGGGUACACGGAGCUGGUCCGUCUGCUGUUGCAGAGUGGAGCGGCGGUGGAUUACCGCGUGGACAGUGGCGAGCAGUUCCCGCGCACCACACUCUGCGACGAGCCCCUACGUCUUGCCAUCAGGAACAAACACUACGAGGUAGCCCGCCUGCUGCUGGAGCACGGCGCGGACCCUAAUAAGCGGUACUUCUUUGGUGCUGAGAUUAACUUGGUGUCAGACCCGGAGUACCUCGAGCUGCUGCUCUCAUUCGGUGCCAACCCGGACUCUCGCGACCGUGCCGGUCUCACGCCGCUCAUGAAGGCUGCUAGACAGAAACGGGGUAUAGAAGCGGUACUGCUACUGAUCAGUUACGGCGCUGACGUCAACGCGAUGGCUGACGCCAGAAAUGACUAUAGAACCGUCAUGCAUUAUGCCGUCCUUAGUGGCAACCCCGACAUGGUGAACUUGUUGAUCAAACAAGGCGGGCGAGUUAACUACGAAGGUGUGGAACUGAACAAGCCGAGUGCGCUCGACCUCGCCAUAUUGAAGGGAGAUGUUGCCAUGGUGCAGAUGCUUAUGUCUGCCGGAGCGCAUGUAAAUGCGUCCAGCUCCGUCAUUGGGUCCCCGCUACAUGUCGCUUGCUCAGACAAUAUUGACAACAGGAAAGAAAUCGUUAAACUGCUGCUGGAGAGCGGUGCGGAUCCUAACCUCAAAGUGCUGAACGAGGAGGACGGCGCGCAGCUCCGGCCUGCGCUGGCCGAGUACCUCGCCAGCAAUGUGGAGCCCAGUGCUGCCAUCGUCUCACUGCUGCUGCGUUAUGGUGCUCGAGUAAUAAUGAAAACGCAGUUCCGUGACCCUGAUGGCAUUCUCAACCACUUACAGAACGUUACCUCUGAACAGUCUGAACACAUAUUCUAUCUACUUCUAGAAGCUGCGGAAUCCUUCGAUCUCUGUAUGAUAAAGAGGAACUCCACCCUUACUGCUGUACAAAAACAAGCCUUAAUCGACCGAGCUAAGAACCCUAUUACCUUAUUAGCUCAAACAAGAAUAUUCCUACGUAAAUAUUUCGGUACUGAUUUAGUGGAUAUUGUGAAGACUUUGGAAAUACCAGACAUUCUUCAUCAAUACCUGCUUUUUGAAUGUCGUUAAGAGGAUUUUAUUAUAAAUUUGGAUGUAAUUUUUUAUUGGUCAAAGAAUUUCUUUGGUCAAUUUUUUUAUCUGGCAACAUUGUUUGCCAGAUUUGGAGUUAACUCCGUGUUUUUGGGAAAAUCUCAUUCAAUUUUAAAUAAUUGACGCAUUGCGACAAAUCUCGAUAGGAGUGUAUUGAUGUUUGUAUCGAUUUUAU